UCAGCGGCUCCUCCUGCCGCACUCCGCCGCUCUGAUUGCAGCUGUUUCCGGCCUCAGACAGCGGAGGAGUCGGUGUGUGUCCACCGGGACGGAGGCCGACUUUCAUCCACACCUGACUUAAACUUCCGGCCGCGCAAAUUUCCUUCAGUUUCUUCUUGAAUUCAAAGCAGCAAAGUUGGAAUGGCAACUACAGCAGCCAGGAUUUUACUCUGCUCAGGGAUCAAUAGAUCGACUGUGGAUGUUGUUUAUUGAUCCCAAAUUGAGAACAACAGCAUGAGGCCAGAUGAACCGAAGAGGUGAUAAAACAAGAAGAGGAUCCACUUGCUUCUGACAGAUUGACCCAUUUUCCUCAGUGGACACAUGAUGCUCACCAUGGAAUAAAAACAACAGCAAUAAUAACAAUAAAUAAUAGAAAGAUGCCUUCACUGUCCUGUGACAUGGAGAAGCUGAAGUGAUGGAGGACAGAGAGAGCCCUGUGGACGAGCAGGGCCCCUCCCCUGCGGACCGAGGUCUGCUCCACCUCUGGCCGCCAGGGGGCGCCACCGAGCAGCCGGGCCUGGAGCGAGUGCUGCUGUCCCGGCCGGUGGUCCAGGUCGCUCUGGGAGAGUACCACGGCCUGCUGCUCACACUGGGAGGGCUGGUGUAUUCGUUCGGCGAGCUGUCGUGGAGGCAGGGCCUGAGCGUCCCGGCGGCGUCGCCCCUGCUGGAGAUCUCCCUGACGGGCAGGACGGUGGUGCGCGUCGCCGCCGGCGGCUUCCACUGCGGAGCGCUGAGCGAGCAGGGCGGCCUGUACAUGUGGGGCGAGAACGGAGCGGGACAGUGCGGCGUCACUGAGAGGGGAGGAGCCAACAGCAGAUCAGGCGGGGCGGCCGGCGGCCCGGUGCUGGUGGCCGAGCCGUGUCUGGUCAGCGUGCUGGACGGCGAGGCGGUUCCCCCGGUGGCGGUGCGGCUGGUGGAUCUGGCCUGCGGCAGGGAGCACAGCCUGGCUUUGUCGGCCCAGAACGAGGUGUGGGCCUGGGGCAGCGGCUGCCAGCUGGGCCUGGUCACCUCCACCUUCCCUGUGUGGAGGCCCAAGAAGGUGGAGCACUUGGCAGGCAGACAUGUGAUCCAGGUGGCGUGCGGCGGCUACCACAGCCUGGCGCUGGUUCGCUCUUUGCCUCCUCACAGCUACGAUACCCAGAAUCCCUCUGAGCAGAGUGGGCGGGGCAAGUCCCCCCUCCGCUUGGCUCCGGAGAGGGAGGAGCUUGACUCUGUUGACGACGCCCACUACUGCCCGCUGGGGGUGGAGCUAACCGAGGUCACACCUGGGAAGGUGUGUCCGAGGAGGCGCAGCCACGGCCGGAGGCUCCUGCCGGGGGGGAAGUCGGCCAGCAGCAGCCCGGGCUCCAGAGCCGGCUCGUCUCCAUCUCCUGACACUUUACACAGGAAUCCACCAAUCAGGGCCCAGCCUGAGUCUGACGGACAGGUGGAUUCUCAGACAGACGGCAGCUCUAAGCCCCUCCCACAGGCCGGCUGCAGGGCCAAUAAGAAUUCGGCGUUCCCUGACGAGGUGGAGCUUCAGGACUUCCUGCAGAGGCUCUCUGUCCGCUCAUUGGAGGAUCCGGAUGUCAGUCAGGGAGAGACGAGCUCGCUGGCCAGUCACGCGUCAGACGACAGCUGUCUGUCCUCGCUGCCUGAACGCUGCCUGGACCCGUUCGGCUCCAGUUACGAAGACGACUCGCCGGUCAGGAGACCAGCCAGCCGCGCCCCCCCACUCGGCGUGGAGGAGGUGCAGCUGUGUGUGCAGGAGGCGCUGCAGGCGAGGAAGAGCUCCAGCCUCACCGACAUCAACCAGAAGGAGGCGGCGGCGGCCAGCAGGAGGCGCUCUCUGCCGGGGAGCCCGAGCCACGGCUCCCCGGGGCGGCGGCGUCCUGCAGGUCGCGGGACGUCCUGCGGCAGCCGGGCGGCUGACGAGGCUGCAGACGAGCUGCCCAGCCUGCGGACGGAGGUGUGGAGCUGGGGCCGAGGAACCGAGGGACAGCUGGGCCACGGAGACCAGCUGGCCAGACUCCAGCCUCUGUGUAUUAAGAGUCUGUCAGGAGAGGAGGUGAUAAAAGUCGCUGCAGGCUGCCAUCACUCUCUGGCUCUGACCGCCCAGUGCCAGGUGUAUUCGUGGGGCAGCAACAUGUGCGGGCAGCUCGGUCACGUCAGCAGUCCUGUAACUGUUCCCCAGCUGACCAAGCUGUCUGAGGGGCUGCGGGUGUGGGACGUGUCGGCCGGACUCAGUCACUCCCUCCUAUUGGCCGACGGAGACUGCGUUCAGCCAAUCAUCUUCUACUGCGGUCAGCAGCGGCAGCAGGAGGCGGAGCCUGCGGGAGGUCAGAGGUCGUGGCAGAGGUCGCCGAACCGAGCGGAGGCGUACACGGUCAGACCGACGCUGCUGCCGUUCUGCAUGGAGAUGGGGUACGUCAGCAGUGUGUGCGGUGGUGGUCAGAGCUGUGCGGCUUUAGCGGACCAGAACGUGAUGGGCUUCGUGGCGGCGCUGCACGAGCUGGCGUCCAGCGAGCGGCAGCAGUUCUGCUGGCUGAGCGCCGUCAGGAGGAGCGUCCUGCAGCCGGCGCUCAGCCGAGACAGUGUGUGUGCGUCCCUCGGCCAGCCAUGCGCUCGUCUCUUGUCCUCUCUGUCGGAGAGCUUCGUCCGGCUCUGCGUCCUGAUUGGUCGACACUCCGUCUCUCUCAGCAGCUUCCUGUGGGACGCUCGGCGCCGUGAUGUCACUUCCCUUCCUCUGCUGACGCACGCCGACCUCUUCCUGGACGCCUACAGGCAGUAUUGCUCCUCGGUGGGAAACCUCCAGGUGAUGGGCGGCAUCGAGUGCCUCCAGAAACUCGGCCUGCAGGCGGUGGGCGUGCAGCAGGCGUCUCUCUCUCAGCUGCUUGGUGACUCAGACGGCGUUGUUGCUGAUGUUGAUCUGGUUCAGUUGUUUUAUCGUCCGCUGCAGCAGCUUCAUCAGUACAGCCGCCUGCUGCUCAAACUGGCAACCUGCUACGACGUGUCCACAGCAGAGUACCUGUCUCUCCAUCAUGGCUUCUCUCAGUACGAGUCCCUGUCUGUCUCUCUGUGGAGGAGGAAGAAGGAGGCAGAGACCACCUUCCUCUUCUGGAAGACUCACUCGGGGAAAACCACCGAGGUCCUGCGGCUGCCCGAGCGGCGUGUUGUGUGUGAGAGCAGCGACAGAUCUCUGACGCUGCAGAACGCCGGACGCUUCUCCAACCACUGGUUCAUCCUGUUCAACGACGCUCUGGUGCACACACAGUUCUCCUCUCACCACGUUUAUCCUCUGAGCUGUCUGUGGGUCAAGCCUGUCACCGAGAACAGCAGCGGACUCUACGCCAUCAAGGUGACGUGUCCGGAGGAGAGUUUCACCCUGGUGGCCUCAACGCCGCAGGAGAAGAACAAGUGGCUUCGCUCUCUGAACCAGGCGGUGGAUCAGUCGCUGGGCGGCGCAGGUCAGGGGUCGUCGCCGGGGGCAACAGCGGUGACUCGCACGGCCUCCUACACCUUCACCGCAGAGGGACGAUUCAAAGACGCCCAGUACACCGGAGGAUGGCUGGCAGGACGGGUUCACGGAAGGGGGACCAUGAAGUGGCCAGAUGGGCGGAGCUACAGCGGGAACUUUAAGAACGGCCUGGAGGAUGGGUACGCUGAGUGUGUGAUGCCCAACAAGCUGCUGAGCAAAUCCGACUGCUACCAGGGCCAGUGGAGAGACGGCAAGAUCCACGGCUUCGGCACGUUCAGGUAUGCCAGCGGCGAGGUGUAUGAAGGUUGUUUCCAUGACGGCCAGCGUCACGGUUACGGCAUGCUGAGCUCCGGCCGGCUCACCAGGACGUCCUCCAGCGUUUUCAUUGGCCAGUGGGUCCACGACAGGAAGACGGGAUACGGCGUCUACGAUGACAUCACAAGAGGAGAGAAGUACAUGGGUCUGUGGCAGGACGACCAGCGGCAGGGGAACGCCGUGGUCGUCACGCAGUUCGGUCUCUACUACGAGGGAACCUUCAGAGACAACAGGAUGACUGGUCCCGGUCUGCUGCUGGCCGACGACGACACAGUUUUCCACGGAGAGUUUUGUGAAGACUGGAGCGUCAGCGGGAAGGGGGUCCUGUCCCUGGUGAACGGUGACUGGCUGGAGGGUGUGUUCACAGGAGAGUGGGCUGCAGGGCUGAAGGUGGUGGGGAUCUUCACCAAAGCUGCUCCCUGUGAGCCGGAGAGCCGAGAGCGGCCCGCCGUGCCUGGUCCGGGGCGGUACGUGGUUCCUGCGGCUCAGCGGUGGCUCUGUGUGUUCGACGAGUGUUGGACUCGACUUGGCUGCGACGCCGCCGGCAGAGGAGACAGGAGCACCGCCUGGGACAACAUCGCUGUUACCAUAACAACCGCACGACGACACAGUCCAAACCUCAGCAGGUCACAGAGCAAGUUGCUGGAGUCUCUGGAGUUGAUUCCUCAGCAGCAGCAGCCGCUCUCCACUGCAAACUACGAGAGCGUACGACGAUACCUCACCAAGGCCUGUGAGACCCCCCUGCACCCUCUGGGCUGGCUGCUGGAGACCCUGGUGACGGCCUACAGGAUGACCUACGUGGGCGUCGGCUCCAACCGGCGGCUGCUGCGCCAGGCGGUGCAGGAGAUCCAGGCCGCCCUCACACACCUGUGCAGCAUCGUCAGGUUUCUGUUUCCAGGGUUACCAGAGGAGGGCGGAGUCAUCCCGGACCACCCCGCCUCCCCACCUGCAGACACCUGUGACCCUGAACAGGGGUAUCUGGUGUUCAGCUGCUCCUCUCUGCUCCUCCCGCUGCUCCUCCCUCGGCUCUACCCUCCUCUCUUCACGCUGUACUGCCUGCAGGAGGAGCAGAAGGAGGCCGACUACUGGCAGCGCGUCCUGCGCCUCAACAGGCAGCCCGACCAAUCACUGCUCAGCUUCCUGGGCGUGCACGAGAAGUUCUGGCCGCUGUCCAUGUCGCUGCUGGGAGAGAAGAAACAGAUCGGCUCCAGCAGCAGAGACGCCUGCUUCGCCUCUGCGGUGGAGACGCUGCAGCAGAUCAGCACCGCCUUCACGCCGGCCGACAAGCUGCUGCUGAUCCAGAGGACGUUCGAGGAGCUGACGCAGGAAGUGAAACCUCUGCUGGACAGCCACUUCCUGUGGUGCAUGGACGACCUCUUCCCUCUCUUCCUCUACGUGGUGCUCAGGGCACGGAUCAGGAACCUCGGGGCUGAAGUGAGUCUGAUUGAAGAUCUGAUGGAUCCAAAUAUUCAACACGGGGAGCUGGGGCUGAUGCUGACCACACUGAAGGCCUGCUACUUCCAGAUCCAGCAGGAGUCGAGCACAUAGCCGCAGACAGGAAGUGGCCGCGCACCAAACAGGAAGUGGAAGCAGCAGCAGUCCGACCCCCAGCCUCCUGCUGGCGGCUGCUGGGAAGCUGCCCCAGGGGCUGCUGGGAGUUGUAGUCCUGAAGGCAUAAGGUUCUCACUGAGGAAGAGGAGGAGGAGUCAGGCCUUCGUCCUGCACCUGAAGGCCGACGCCUCAUUUACAGCUCACAUCCUGUUACAUUCAACUGGGAGUCCAUUCAUUUCUAUGGGAGAUGACACAGCGCCCCCUGCUGGCAGAUGAGUGACAAUGAGAGUUUCUCCAUUUGGCCUUGAUUCCUUUCACUUAUAACUGGAUAUGUGAUCUUUGAUUUACACUGAAAUAUCCUGCAGAACAUAUAUUCCACUUUAAACUCUGUCAAAAAUGUCAAUUUGUCAAAAUGUGGAACACCAAAAGUGGAAAAUAGUGUUCCCAAAAAGGCAAAAAAAAAUCUAAAUUAUAAAGACAUUUGAGAAGGAAGCCACUGUAAAAUGCAAAAACAGACAGCUGUUUAAUUACACACAGACAUUUACAGGCUUUCAGACGCAGAAGCCUGUUGGUCUGUUUGUGUGUUGAGCCUCUGAAAGCCUGUAAAUGCUGCACGAGGUGUGUGUUUUAAGGCUGUAAUAAAUAAACAAACUUCAACAAAAAAAUAAGUUUGCAGUAUGCAGAUCAAAUAGUUUUAUACUUUGUCAAACUGUUAAGACAGUUUGCAGAUGAUAACAUUUUCUAUAUGAUAGAUCGUUUUUGUUUUAAAUGAAUAAUAAUAACCUCCCUCUGAAGUACUGUUUAAAUGUUUUCGAAUGUGUGAAAUGAACUGAGUGAUUAGUUUUCCCGGUCAAAAAAAAAUGCCAUGCGGCGUUGUGACCAGCAGGGGGCGACGACACACACAGACAGCGACGGAUUGACGCGACGCGACACAAAACGAAGCAGAAAACGCACCGAGACUGACUUCACGACAGUUUGAGGAUUAUUUAUUGACGCCGUGACUCGACUGAGUGGUGUGUUUUUGGUUUACGGACAAUUCAAUGCCUCAUUUCAGGUGUUUUUUUUUUUUUUUUUUUUUUUUUUUCCACAGCGCUCAUUCAGAGCGGCAGGUCAGGCUUUUCCAGUUUUCAAAGGCUGUUUAUAUUAUCAGCAAUUUUGUCCUCAAUUUAUUUUACAAGGGCUUUCUUCCUGCAUGAAAGCCAGCUUUGUAUUUUUCAGUCAUGGUUCAUGGAAACCAGCUGGGAGUCCAGUACAGUUACUGAGGAAAAGUGAAUCUCACAGCCCUUUCUCUGUUUUCUCUGGUCAUGUCGCAGCGAUUUCAAAUAUAUUUUCCCUGUUCUCCUGCAGAGACCGUCUCUCCAGCGGUGAAAUGAUUAUAGAAAAACCGACUGAAACGUUUGGUUAACUGUACAACUUGAUCAGCUUGGGAUUCAGGGAUCAGUAAUAUUCAUGUUACCCACUUAAUGAUUACCUUAGAUGCUUUCUCUUAAUGAUUUCUCUUUGAUAAUUUGCUUGUUAGGGAGUAACAACAUGAGCAGCGCUCAGCAGACUCAGCACUUCCACGGUUAAUAAGCAAGUCAGUUCAGCGGGAAAAUGUCCCUGCAGGUUUUAUUUAUCACACAAUAUUUAUGUAAAUGGUGAUUUUUUUUUUUCAGUUUGAACAUGUUUUAAAGGGAAUCUGGGGUCCGAGAUGCAAAUCUGAAUUAAUUAUUUAAUGAUAUUUUAAAGGGAUGGUAAACUAAUGUACAUAGUUUCUCAUUAACUUUUUUUUUAUUGUCAUCACUGGGAUAAUCAGUACAGUACAGUUCAGUUUUUAUUCCUCCUGCCUCCGUUUGACUGACACGAACCUUUAGCUGAAUAGAAAUCCAACAUUAUAUUUGACAAAAAAACAGAUUUGGCCUGGCAGUCAGAACAAGGCCAUCUUGUUGCAUGAUGAGGAUAGAACUCAAGAGGAUCACUUAAUAAGGAAAUCCAUAGUUUUAGCUGCGUUUACCAUCCCUUUAAAACUGACUGGACACACUUCAAAGGGAAGAAUUCACAGCCGUGAGAUGCAGAGCUGCAUCAUAAAGGGAUAUUGAGAAGCACUGGAAAGAUGUAAAAAUCAAGUAUUAUCAAAAUAUUUCUUGGGAGGCAUCAUUGAAACUUGAGAAGCAGUAACAAAUACCUGCAGUGCUGCUCUAUAUUGAAACUGCAGACAGUAUACAGUAUAUAUACAUAUAUGUAUAUAUAGAUAUAAUGCUAAUGAAAACUCUACACUGUCACUCCAGAUGAGGGGAGGGUCCUCACGCUGUAGCGAGUCUGAUAGACACGAAUAGAAUGAAAUAAAGUAGUUCCUAAGAAACUCGGAUCCAAACUGAGUCGCGAUCCUGCAGUAAAAACCUCAGGAUCACCUGCUGCUCCACCGACCAGGGAUUUCACCACACACACCCAGAAUCAUGUAACCACAUGAUGCGCUGUGUGUGUGUGUGUGUGUGUGUAUUUACAGUACAGAGUGUACUGUACAACCACGUUACUGACUGGUGAUGUAACGGCCUGUAAGCUCGCUGUGGCGGCCACAGGGAUAAAACAGGCAGCCGGCGGUCAGACUGCAACUCAGCACACAGAGCCGGGCUUCCCACCUACACCAACCUUACAAAACUACAACAACAACAACAACAACAAACAUCUUGGUGCACCUCGAUGGAAACCUCACAUCCUCACAUCAGACACCGAGAAACUCUGACAGCAAAGGAGUCAAGUGUUGUUUAACUCUUUACACUCCAUAUCAAACCACAGUGGACCAAAUAACUGCUGCAUGUGAGAUGUUAAGUGCUGCAUGUGAGACGCUUCUCACCGUAUUAUGUUUAAGCUAGGAAAAAAAAAACACAGCAAAACAUGAAGUGGUGAGGUUCAGAGGCAGGACUGCAUGACGUCAUGAUGGCGAGUCUGAUUUGUUUGGAUAUCAUUUUACCAGCAGUGAGGAUUCAGGAGGUUUUGGCAAAUACUGCAUAGAAGACACGACGUGGUAUUGAGACGAUUACAUGUUACAGGAAGAAAAACACUUUCUGGAGCUGACCCUGACAGGGAGUCGAGACCAAGGUUAUUAUUGUUUUGCAAUUUUCUUUAGUUUUUAUUUCGUUUUGACUUUAUGUUUUCAACUUCAGUUUAUUUCUGAUUAUUUUUUUAAAGUAGGUUUGCUUGUUUUUAUUUUUAUUUAUUGAUUUUUUAAAAAAAUGCUUAUUUUUUGUUUAGUUUUUAAUAGUUUCAGUGUUUCUCCUUCGUGGUGCUGCAGGCCACAGGAUGUUAACCGUCUGCUGCGAAAACCUGCCACAGCUCAAAGACGUGGAAGAUCGAUUUCAUAUCAAGCCAAAAUGCUAGACUAACAUAUGAAAUAAACUGACAAAGACAAAAACUAAAGAUUUUCUCCAUAAUUUUGGUUUUAGUUUUAUAAAACCACAAUACAAAUUCAUUUAGUUAUUUUUUUAUUUUAAAUUUCAGUGAACAAAGAUGUUUUUCACACCUAGUUUUUGUUAGUCAGUAGUAACCUUGGUCUAAACCUCACUCUCCACUCAGCACGACGCCAGUUUGUUGUCCAGUUUUGUAGCUGAACAUCUGCAAAAUCAGCAUCGGUGUUUCAUGUGUUUCCUCGUCAUUCCCUCAUUGCUGAGCGGCUGUGUCUGGAGCUGUAAACACACAGUUAGCAGCCUUUAUUAUCAUUUAGAUUAACCCAAACCCAAAACCCCAAAAUCAGCUUCUGUUUGUACUCGACAGGUGGAGAUGUUGUUCAUGAAGCUCAGUCACAUGGUAGGAAAGGAGAGGAGGAGCAGAAAUCUGACCGGCUGCUGAGGUGGGCGGGGCUUCCAGGGUUCCUCUUCCGGUCGCUUUAUUUUUUUACACGGUGAAAAUUUUGGUUUCUGACUCUUGUUGAGCAAUCAUUUAAAAAUGUUAAACAGAGGAAGGAUGGAUCUGUUACUUUAUCUAUUUUUACAAAAUUUAUUCACUGUAUCACUGAGGUUUUCUGCUGUUGAGUUACUCUUUAAAACUCACUGCACAGCUCCUCAACAGAUCAAGACAUCCCGGCUAAAUCCAAAGACACGAGGCAGAGCGGUCGGGAAUGUGUUUUCCCGCUCAUCUGAUGCGUAGAAGGAACCGGAAGCUCCAAGUCACGUCAUCGGUCAGCCGGGAUGUUGACAUCCAUAUCUCAUUCUUCUUAAAAAAAAAAAAAAAAAAAAAAAUCAGGGAAUUUGAUCAUUUGUAGAG